GAAACCCUUUUGACAUCAGAGAUGUAUGCUCUUAUAACAACAAAAAUGAAUUUCUAAUUUCUUUAAAGUUUUUAUUUUAAAUAUUAAUUUCGAAAUGUAUGUACUCUUUCCUUGAUAUAAGCGCAAUGGAGUCUUGGGUGGUGCAUUUAAUGCAAGAUAUUUUGAAGUAAAGCAUUACCUAAUGGUUUUAUGACUUGUCUUUUCACUUCGUUUGUCGAGACGAAAUGCACAAUUGGUAUACUUUUUCGUGGCUCAAUGUUAAGAUCUCAUUAAUACGCUUGCAUUGAUUAAGGGUUCAUAGAGUAGUCUUUUCGGUUGGCAUCUCAAUAUAGAGGCCAUAAUUGUGAAAGUAAAUAAUUUUUUUAGACUGAAACAUGCAUAUUUUCGGUACAAAGUUAAAUUAAAGGCACUAUGGUUCAUAAAGUAGUCUUUUCGGUUUUCUAUAAUUUCUUACCUUUUACGUUGCUCAAUGUAAUCAAUUACUUGCGCAUAUCAAAAUCUUUUGCUAGUAGAUUCAUCCUAUUUCAAAUAAUAUUUUAAAGGGUGAUGAAUUGUCUUUUCGGUUUGCAUCUCAAUAUAGAGGCCAUAAUUAUUAUACUUUUUCGUGGCUCUAGGCAUGAAAUCUAUUACACGUUUAACUUUAAUUUUUGAAAAAUAUUUUAUAUUAUUUCAAAUACUUAAUUUUUUAUUUAACAAAUUUGACCAACAUGGAAAUUUAAAUAAAAAAAAUUCAAAUACAGAAAGUAAAUAAUUUUUUUUAGACUGAAACGUGCAUAUUUUCGGUACAAAGUUAAAUUAAAGGCACUAUGGUUCAUAGAGUAGUUUUUUUGGUUGGCAUAAUUUCUUACCUUUUACGUGGCUCAACGUAGUCAAUUACUUGCACAAUUCAUUGUUCUUAUGUUUUUAGUGUCUUUAGGCAUUAAAGUACUUGUAAGAUUUAUCAAAAGAUUUUCUUAUGGCUCUAGGAGUUCAUAUGGCUAGACAAUAAAGUACUUAUUUUUAAUAGGGAGUAAUUAUUUAAGAGUAUUAUUUGUAGUCUUUUCUCGUGGUAGGAGUUCAUAAUUAUUCUACUUUCCUAAUACUUAUUAUUAAAUUCAACCAAGUUAAGAACCAUUAAAUAAAUAAUUUUUUUAAUGCAAAUUUUAAAAUUUCGGGCAAAUGAGAUUUACCAAUGCAGUAAUCAAUUUUUAAUGUCAUUGAUGGAUGCAAAUAUUAACAUAAUAACUGAUUUAUGAAUUAUACUUUAUUGUAUACUAUACCACCAAAGAUAAAAUAAGAAUUAUUUCUUAAUGAAAAGUAAUGGAAUUGAAGCAACCAACAUACAUGAUCAUCAUGGAAAAUCACCUCCAUUGAUUCGUUAAUUCUACCAAAUGAACUUAUUUCGUACACAUGGAUUGCUCUCACAUGAAUGGCCAUCGAGCUUCGAUCUCUAUCAAUAUCGGCAAGCUUGGUCCACAUCCCGGAUGAAACUGCGAUAGAAGACAUUUUUUUAAAUCUAGAAUCGGCAAGCUUGUUUUGGUUAUUAAAAGGGGAGAUGGUCUUGCUUUUAUAUUAAAGGAUGUUCUCUUAAAAUAGAAAAAUAGAUUACACACUCUCCAAUGUUUCACAAUUAAUUUUACGUGGCUCAAUAAAAUGCUUUUUCUCUUUCCCAUUUUACAUGGUUCAAUGUACACACUAAUCAAGUUUAGGUAAUUAUUAUCACAUUACCCCAUAAAGCUCCACUUCCACUUGCAAGCCUACUUGAUAGGCCCAACUCGGAAACACAGUUCAUUUCGGCGGGAAAAAUAGCACUGUUCAUUUCCACCACAUUUGCUUUGUAUAUAGAAAUAUUGUACUCAGUAAUACUUUUGUACUCUUGAAUACUUGUUUUGUUUUUUUUUCUUUGGGAUUAAAAUUGACAAAAUUUAACCAAAUGAUUUGCCUCUUUAAAUUUGAAAAGGUACGGAGUAUUCCGUAUUUUUUUAUGAAGAAAAAAAAGGGAAAAGAAAAAGGUAAACAGAGAAGAGAAGAGAGAAGAGAGCGGGGCGGGCGGGCGGGGCAGCCUUUCCUUCCAUCGCAAAGCUCCCAUCUUCCCUUUCUUGACAUAUUUCUGCCCUUUCUUGAGUUCUGUUUCGCAUCGAUUCCCUUUGAUUCUUUCAUUUCUUGCUGAGUUAUAUCUACCGCCGCCCAGAAAUAUGCUGUGAAUUCCCCUCAACAGACAGAGGUAGACGACGAGGACGACGACAAUGGAGGAGGAGACAUACAUCCUUGAGAUUAACCUGAUCUCCGCUCAAGGUCUGAAGGCGCCUCCCGCUAACCUCCGCCGGAUGCAGACCUACGUUCUCGCCUGGGUCGACUCCUCCGCCAAGCUCAGAACCGGACUCGAUCGAAUCGGCGGCGAAAACCCUACCUGGAACGACAAGUUUCUCUUCCGGAUCUCAUCCGAUUUCGUCUCCAGUGAAACAUCUGGAGUCUCCUUCGAGAUCUACUCCGUCGCCUGCAUCAAAGACGUUCUCCUCGGCACCGUUCGUUUCGUCCUCAGUAGCCGCCGUGACUCUGUCAAUGAAUCCGCCGGGACUCCGGCCUGCAUCCCCGUCCAGAUACAACGCCCCUCUGGCAGUUUCCACGGCGUCCUCAACAUCGGCGUCUCUCUCUACAGAGCUACCAAAUCCGAUCGCGCGAUGAUGAAAGGAGUGUCCGCAAUUUCGUUCCGCGACUUGAUGGCGAGAAAGGAAGCCCUCCUCCGCCGUCGCCGCCGAAUGAGCGACGCCGGGCCUAAGCGGAGCCAGAAAUCGUCCACCGUGCUGUCACGCGACCUCUCUUCUUCGUCUAGUUCAUCCAACGGGAACGAGUCGAACCACUAUUUCGCAUCGACGGAGAAGACGGGAAAGAAGGUGCUCGAAGCCGGCGGCGGAGGACUGCUCUGUGGACUGCUGACGCAGAGGAGGUUCAGUUUCUGUCCAUUGGAUCACAACAUGCUGAGGGUUGCUGAUUGGGCUGGAUCUCUUGACAAGAUUCCCUGAUGCCCGGCCCACUCGCUCUACAAUCUGGGCCUCUAAAUGGGUCAUAGCCUAAUCGGGCCGUCCUAUCCUAUCCUAUCACAGUCUGAGUGAUUUCUUCUUUCAUUUUUUUGGGUAACAAAAACUUGUUGAUGCCUAAUUUGAGAUGUGUUGUAGAAUUUAAAGAGAAAACUUGAAUACUUCUAUUAGUUCUAUACCCUUGAAAACAGAUUAUUAGUUGUGUUAAAUGGAAAUAAGCUGCUUUUUUAGCAUAAUAAUAAGGGAAUUUACCU